CAUAAAUAUUUGUUGUACUCAUCAUAUUUCGGUACCAUUUGAGAGUGCGCCUUACUAGGAUUGCCUUUUUUUUUUCAGAACCACACCCCGUUUUUAAAACAUAAAACUAUGGAUUUUAUCGUGAUUCCUCGUAGGAACAUUUAGGCAGAAUCCAGAACUUAUAUUUCUGAGAAAAAUUUAGAUUUACAGAAGUCAAAAGAUUUAGAUUUCAAGAAGACCUGGAUUUGAGUCAAAGCCGGGACUCUACCCUAAGUGUGAUCCUCUGUUAUUUUUGCUUUCAAAACUCCUUUUUGGUUCUUCAGGGAUUCCCAGUGCAUGUGAUCAAUGAAAUGGCUAGAACUCUUUACGGCAGCGCAAAGUGGUUAUAAAUGUCAACAUCUCUGAUUCACCAUGACUACUAAUUCUUAUUGGUCUUUGCAUUGAGCUCCUGCUUUACUAUAAUUAUUUGCUUCUCAAAUCAAGGAAUCCUGUUUCAGCGCUCUUUUAGUCUUACUCAAGAAAUCUUCAUCCCUUCUGUUAGGGACUUCAUUUAGUUCCUGGAAUUUCAACCUGGAAUCUUAUUGUUUAGGUUACUCGUGAUUCUCUCAGGCUCAAGCGUCAUGUAUGGUGGUGAUGAAGUCUCGGCCAUAGUGUUGGACUUGGGGUCUCACACAUGCAAAGCAGGUUAUGCUGGUGAAGAUGCUCCUAAGGCAGUCUUUCCAUCUGUUGUAGGAUCCAUCGAACAAUCGGGGUUAGAUGAUGCACUCAAGGUUGAAAAGGAAUCUGAAUCCGUUUCUGAAGCUAAAAACGGUAUCAAGACUUCAGAUUCUGAUAAAUCUAAGGCAAAGCGUAAAUUAUAUGUGGGUUCUCAAGCCCUUGGAUAUCGCAGGGACUAUAUGGAGGUGCUUUCACCCAUAAAAGAUGGACUAGUUGUGGAUUGGGACAUGGUAGACAACAUAUGGGACCAUGCUUUUCGGGAACGCCUGUUAAUUGAUCCAAAAGCGCAUCCUAUGUUACUUGCAGAACCAUCUUCUAAUCCUCAACAGCAAAGAGAAAGGACAGCAGAGCUUAUGUUUGAAAAAUACAAUGUUCCUGCUCUGUUCUUAGCCAAAAAUGCUGUGCUUACAUCAUUUGCUUCUGGGCGUGCCACCUCAUUAGUUGUAGAUUGUGGCGGCGGCUCUACUACUGUUGCUGCUGUACACGAUGGCUAUGUUCUUCAAAAGGCUGUGGCAUCAUCUCCUAUUGGAGGGGAAUUUCUGACUGAUUGCAUGAGGAAAUGCUUGGAAAGCAAAGGCAUCGUGCUAAAACCUAGAUACUCAUUCAAACGAAAGGAGGUACGUCCAGGGGAAUUUCAGACAGUGGACCUUGAUUAUCCUAAUACAACUGAAAGCUACAAGAUGUACUGUCAGAGGGUAAUCGCUGGUGAUACUAAGGAAUCUGUAUGUCGGGCACCAGAUACAGCAUUUGAUGAAACUGCAUACACCAACAUUCCUAUGACACCGUAUGAGCUUCCAGAUGGACAGACGAUAGAAAUUGGGGCUGACAGAUUUAAGGUUCCAGAAAUUCUGUUUAGUCCAUCCUUAAUCCAUAUGAUUCCUGGGAUGGAGAACCUUGACAAUUCUACUCCAAUUCGUGGUCUUCCUCAAAUGGUUAUCGAUAGCAUAAAUAAAUGCGAUGUGGACAUUCGUAGGGAGCUAUUCAGCAGUAUUUUGCUUGCUGGAGGUACAGCCUCGAUGCAGCAAGUGAAGGAGCGGCUUGAGAAAGACUUAAUGGAGGAAGCUCCUCAAGCUGCACGAGUAAAGGUGCUAGCAAGUGGGAAUGCGACUGAAAGGAGAUUCAGUGUAUGGAUUGGAGGGAGUAUCCUGGCCUCCCUUGGCUCCUUCCAGCAGAUGUGGUUCUCCAAAUCUGAGUUUGAGGAGCAUGGCGCGUCAUAUAUUCAAAGAAAAUGCCCUUGAAAAGCGUUUUGGAGAAUUAACCCGAGGCUGAGCGAUUGUAUGGCACUUCUCAUCAAGCUGGAAAAUCUCAUGUAGAACUCUGGUCUAUGUCAACCAUUAUUGCUGUUACGUAUUCAUUUAGAAGUUAUAUGCCUGUUCAUACUCUAGGCAUUUUUGAAGUAUUAAGUUAAUACUUGAGGCAUUUUUAAAUUUAAUUAUACGGGGAAAUUCAUGCAAAACAUGUCCAUUGCUUCACCUUUUUAUGUUUUAUUAGGUUUCAGUCAGUCCCUAAUGUAAGUGGUAUGGCGCUGUCAGUGUGGUGUAGACCAUCCCUCGGAUUCAAUUUUUGUUUCCUUUUGAAAUUAUACGUGUUGAAGAUUGCAUUGGUUAA